AUGGCAAGAUGGGGAUUAUCACAAAGUCCUGAAUGCUCCUUUUGCCUUAAUCCCGAAUCACUCCUUCAUGUUGUCGCUGGCUGUCAACAGUACCUUAAUCGCUUUACCUGGAGACACGACUCAAUCCUUAACUUCAUCGCCAAGUCACUUUAACCUGUAAUUAAUGUUCACUCUUCACUCUAUGCAGAUGUUAAUGGUUUUCUGAAUCCCUCAAUAAUAACUGGUGAAAAGUAUCGUCCAGAUCUUCUUUCCCUAAUCCAGUCCAAGUGCCUCUAUGUAUGAAUGACAUUGGCAUUGACAAAAAGCAGCAACGUUUUAUAAGCAAGAAAAUGAUAAAUAUAGCCAUUAGAGCAACAUAUUACAUCUUUUGUUGUAGAAAUAGGAGCUGGGAUAGCCCAGACUUAAUGCAAUUUUGAUAUUUUUCUUGUUUUUGGCUUUUGUUUUGUUUUGUUUUUGUUUUUGCAAAAAAAAAAAGAAAAAUUAUUAGGUUAGAGUUCGUCGUAAACAUUUAACGGAUAUGCAUCCUAGAUUUACAAUUGUACAUCCAAAAACACAAAUAAAGUUUCCAUUAUUGAUUAUACCAAUAAAUCAAGUGACUCCUAUCUUUCAUGGUUUAUACUUUUCAAGGGACGACGGUUUUUCAAUCGAGUCUUGACAAUUUACCCUUCCAAGACAUCUAUCCUAUUAUUUUAUAGCAGUAAAACAAACAAGUAAACCUUGCGUGCAACGUUAAAAAGUUUUCAUGUCAAAAGCCAGCAGCAUUUUGAGUAACUUUACUCCUUUGAUCGCCGCCUUAUGGAUCAUUACUCCGCUUUGAAAGAACAGGAAAUAAUUAGGAACCCACAAAAUUGCGUAUUUAGGAGACAAUAUAAGUAAUUUAUACGUAGUUAAUGUUUUGAUACAAUCUCGCUCGUUCUGCUAUAAAUAUAAAUUCACUAAGGUUGCUAUUAAAGUUAAGCUGGUCUAGUUUGCGCGUCGUGCUUUAGUAGCCUGAGCAAUUUUCCGCUGGUUUCUAUAUUGGGGACAAACAUUUGAGUAAUUUCGCCGCUGUUUUGUUACUUGGUCUUCUUUUCCGCAAUAACCUUGGCGUAAGCAACCAAGUUCUCCUUACCAAAGAAUUGCUUGUCAUACCAGUGUCGGGUCUAACUUGCCCCGCUUGUUUCCUCAGACAUUCCACCAACUCGAACCUUGCAAGGUGACAGAGCUGUGUUUUUAAUACAUGAAGAAAAUAGGAUGAAUUUUUGACAAAGAAUUAAUGAGCCUUUAUUACUGGGUCCAGUCAAGUCGCUUGAAGGAGGAGAAUAAAGAAUUUAACUUUAUCUUGUUGUGACGUAUGAGGAGCCUUUCCAGUUCAAGUGCGAAAGUCUACUACGCUGAUAUAUUAUUUAUUUUACAACCUGUCAAACACCUAGAGCUUUAUUUGUGUGCUAAAGUAAUUUCAAAACGUAAUAACUUUCUUGCAUUAAAGGUCUACAGAUCAUUCAAAGCACAACGAUACGCUUUCACUGAGUAAACAACUAGCACUAGCACUAGCUCUUCCAGAGUUCAGUUCUAAUGCAUUACACAGUUUGGAUGCUCGGUGUUAGCAAGCACAAGACGUCGCGAGCGUUUUCGAGUAAUAAUGUACUCAACGAAAGCAUCAGUGUUUUAUUAAAUUAACUGAAAACAAAAUCAUUCCAAUUAUUUAAUGUUGAAGAUAGGAUGGCGAACUCGCCAAGACACAAAACCUAGGUUCAGACCGUAGCGGAAUGGUAGAACGCAGUCAAAUAGAGGUAUCUUGCAGGCUCAUGUACUUGUUGUUGGUAAACGGGGCCUUGUUAUAUUUAAACACAUUAGCAGCAACAGCAUAUUCGACGACAUAGUAAGAGUCGAUGUAAAUAGUGUCAUUUAUACAAAGAAAAAGGAUCUCCGGAACCCCUUGAACCCUCUCCUGGCAACGUCCCUGACAACAGAUCAGAACUAACGAAAAUAAAAGCAUAAUGAUAUGCAUUUACGACGGAAAGUCUGAUUAAUUUGUUCCCGCUGAGUUAACUCUUCCUGUUUUCUUUCCAACACGUAGUUUGUAUAAUUUUUAUCCAUUCUACGUUAGUUUAGUACGGUAACGGAUAAACCAACCCUUUGGUGCAUUUUUAAAGUUUCCCAUUUUCUAAAACAAGCCUUUUGCCCGAUAGACUGAUAAAGCAUUAUUGAUAAUGAAUAAUAAAACUUUCCGCCUAUUCAAGUGCAAUAAUAAUAGGUAAUCAGUUUAUGGUUCUCUAUGAACACAUUACAUUCACAAGAAACUUUGUUUCAAGGAAGUUAUUACUUCGUUUUCUCUCGUGACUUUGUUAAAACGAUCACUUCCCUUUUUGGCAAAGCAUCGUUUCUGGAAACACCGGAGGCUGUAACAUGAUGUUUCAUAUCCAGUGAUUUCAAGUGACAGUGCAGAUCCAGACCUUUUGCUCCUUCUAACGCAUCACUAAUGAAUAUAACUGAAAUACGCAUGCACCGAGGAAACAACUUCCGGUUUCCAAAGAACUCUGUUUGACCUGUAUUUAAGUAUUUAUUUAGUUUCAUUGUCUUGUUUUUAUUAUUAGACUACUUUAAUUUUUUUAUUGUUAAUAUAUAUCUUUUCUAUUUCUUACAUUUGUAAUGCGUGUCGAUAUUAUGUAGCUGCGCUAUAGAAGAAUUUUAUUAUUAUAAUUAUUAUUAUUAUUGAUUAUACCAAAAAAUCAAGUGACUCCUGUCUUCCAUGUUUAUACUUUUCAAGGGACGACGGUUUUUCAAUCGAGUCUUGACAAUUUACCCUUCCAAGACAUCUAUCCUAUUAUUUUAUAGCAGUAAUGCAAACAAGUAAACCUUGCGUGCAAAGUUAAAAAGUUUUCAUGUCAAAAGCCAGCAGCAUUUUGAGUAACUUUACUCCUUUGAUCGCCGCCUUACGGAUCAUUACUCCGCUUUGAAAGAACAGGAAAUAAUUAGGAACCCACAAAAUUGCGUAUUUAGGAGACAAUAUAAAUAAUUUAUACGUAGUUAAUGUUUUGAUACAAUCUCGCUCGAUCUGCUAUCAUAAAUUCACUAAGGUUGCUAUUAAAGAGUUAAGCUGGUCUAGUUUGCGUGUCGUGCUUUAGUAGCCUGAGCAAUUUUCGCUGGUUUCUAUAUUGGGAAACAAACAGUUGAGUUAUUUCGCUGCUCUUUUGUUAGUUGGUCUUCUUUUCCGUAAUAACCUUGCCGUAAGUGAGUGGUUACAAUGCCGAAUAACGUUCAUCAUUCCAAGUUUCAGUUAUAACCCUGGCUGAGGGCUCAUAGAAAAAGGCUUACAGUGUUUAAUUGUUUAAAAAAGGAAGAGAAAACGUGACUAUUAUGGCGUAAGGCGGAUAUUUCGUCGAGCGACAAGGUCUGUAGCGUUUAUGCCUUUUAACGGUCCUCGACAGAGCUGAAUAAGGUCUGCGCAUGUGCAAAGACUGGAGAGGCCUGGGGGCAAAACUAGUAUCGUUUGCAAAAACACUUUCAAAACGUCCUCACAUUUUGCCGAUUUUUAAGGUGGUUUCCGAAUAUUUAAGGUUCUCAUUCAAACUAAAAGUAGAUUAUUUCAUACUUUAUUUAAUUCUCGUUUCUAGCGGUUUUGUAAAUUUUUCUUCUUUUUUUGCUAUAAACAAAAGCAUUAAAGAAACAAAUGAUAUUUCCCUUUAUUUUUCCCUGAAUGAUCGACUUUAGCUAUUUCUCUCGCUUCGUCUCGCUCGGUUUCUCUAUAAGAACUGUAAGAGAACACACAGACACAAAAGAUAACUGACGUUUCUCUUCUUUUUCUUCCAAACCUACUUUCCUAUAUGGGGAAGCAACCUUUAUCAAGGUGCUAGAUUACCUAUAGCUAGGCCACCAAAAAUUGCUUGCAGAAUCUAAAUCAAAAUAGUUUAAUUCAGGCUUGUCUGGUGCAUGAUGCAUAUGGAAAAAACCCCUUUACUCCCUGAACAAGAGAAAGACUAACCUGCCCUUUUUGACUGCCACCGACUCAUUGGUGAAAUUGAAGUGUCUCAAUCCAUCUUAAUAUUUUACACCAUCAAAGUAAUUCAAGCUUGCUGUAAUUCUCAAGCUAGCUUCAUAUCAACUAUCUUUUGAUUAUAACGAAUUCAAGUCCUGAAAAUAAGGCAAAUAUUGGACAAUUGCAUCUGCCAGUGAUCAACGGCUAAGUCCUUUUUCAAGGGUUUUAAUAGUAUGACGAUGUAGUGGGGCACUUUUGUUCUGGAGUUCCUGAAUCCUCUUCUUCCACCAGCCAAAUGAUAAUGUCUCCAAAAGUUAAACCUUUUUCAUGUUUGUUAACUGUUACCUUAGCUGUACUGUUGCCUAACUGAUCAAGAAUUUGUACACAGUUUACAAGAGUGAAAAAUAAUCAUUAAACCCGGCAAUAUAAGGAGGUCUUACCCAAAAAAUCAAAUCUUCAACCUUUACCUCAAUCUAAUAUCAUGUAAAGAGUAAAUUGGUUUUGAGUGCAUUUUGCACAUUGGACAUUAAAAGUUCAGUGGUUGUAUUGUGUUUUGUUUAAGACAACCAUAAUAAUUAUUUACUUGUUUCUUUGAAUAUUACAAACAAUUUUACAAAUAUACGUCUCCCCUUGACAAAGAGAGAAAUUCUUUAUCUCCAAUUAUGAACUGUCUUCAAGGCUGUCACUUAAACUGUAGGGUAGCAAUUUUACUAUCACGUGAUGGCAAGAGAAGGAGGGCUAUUAGAUGAGGUAAAUGACCCUUUAUUAAAGUUGAGUCAAACAAGUGAAGAGGGUGCAAUACAGAGUCGUAUCAGAUGUCCAAAUUCUCUUCACUCUCUAAUAAAUUUAAGUCAGCCGUUAUAGAUUAUGAACCUAUGAAAGCUCGACCCAGUCAAGAGCUCAGCUCACUUGAGCUAUUUCAUUGCAUUUACCAGUAUACGACAAAAGUAAAAAAAAAAAUUAAUGUUGAAAAGAGAAAAAUAGGUAAGUAAUACAAUCGAUGCCUGCUGAGAUAUGACUUGAAGUUCAUCAAAGCUUCAUUCACAAGGAGAAGCACAAUCUCAGUCACUCUUUGUAAACUAUCAUUUAUUUUUUCUUUGAAGUCUAGAUACUUAUUCCUUGAUUCUUUUGUUUCAGUCAAACCUGUUAUAAAUGGUAGACUUAAAGUUAAUACGAAAAAUCACAUGGAGAUCAGACAACUUGUGAUUGUUUCUCAAAACUUCGAAGGGAGCUUCAAACUUGAUCUUAAAAAGUUUAUUGAUUCUAGUUAAAGGUGCAAAAAAUUAUAAAUAAAUGAAAAAGCUUAAUUAAAUAAAUAUAUUUUUCCGUUCAGCCGGCACCCCUUUCUUCUAGGACGAGCUAGUACACAAACAAAAUUAAAGUACUAAAGCUAUAUGUAAGAUUUUUAAAGGCUUAAUUCUCCGACCGCAAUAAUAUUUUAAUUUUCAAACCUUUUACGACUUUAGUUUCCUUAAGUUUAUCAUAAGGCUCAUGACGAUUUUAUGGACUAUGACGUGACCAAGAAAACUCUAUCUUAUGUCACCAUUAUUUAAAAAAUCUAAUUUGUAAAAUUAGCCAUAUAAGGAGAUAAUACACCGUACAAGCGCGUGUACUCGGGUCCUUCAAACCUUUAGACCGAGAGUUGAUCGGUCAGUAAAAGUAAAUUUAUCAACCUUGUCGCAAAUUAAUUUUUCGAUUUGCCCUCAGUAAAAUAUAUUUAGAAGUUGAUUAUUACUACUAGAGAAGAGUUGUUGCAUAACAAGUUCUAUAUUCACGCUAUAUACGUUUAUAAUCCAGUUUUAUGCAAACUUUUAUCAUUGCGCACUUCUCAUCGCACAGUUUAUUACGCUCAUUUCCGAGGUGUCUUUUCCUUAAAAGGAUACAAUGAGCUCGCCCUAAUUUGUAGUAAAUAAUAAUGUCGAAGGAAACCCACAGUUUAGAGCAACUGGAUAAUUAUAAAUAUAGAAUGUUACAUCACACCGGGAACAUAUAUAUACGCACCUGCAGAAGAGUUUUUAUCAAGCCAUAGAGUUGGAAGACAGCUAACAAGACGCAAGUUUCUGGUAAGGAGCGAUGCUAAAACUUGCUUUUAAGUUUUUUUUUUGGAGUCCAUACGUUUAUCACAUUAGGAGCGGAAAGCUCAAGUUGUUCAAAUUUGUUGCUACUACUGAUUAUGGAUUUAAAGACUUUCCACUAGGAAGUGGUAUAUCCAUGUACACCUUUGCUCCAAAAAGUUUAUUUUAAACAUCUAUAUGCAGAUUAAUUUGCUUCACUCCAACUAAUUUUUAACUUCUUUCCUUUCAAGGUGUCUUGAAAAUUAAAGUCACGAUCAACCAUCAAAAUGGUAAGUAGUUACAAUACUUUGAUAAAAUUGUAAAUGCCCGUUGUUAACUUUUAAUUUAAAAAUGCCCAUCAGUCGGAAUAGCAGGGUUAUUUUAGUCAAAAGAGCUCGUUGUAUACGAAACAGGGAACCUGACUGACAUGCGCGGCCAGGCUUUUCUCGGGCAUCGAACCGAAGUGAUCGGGAAUGAUCAAAGUAAUCGUUCUUUAUUGAGGAAGCAGAAUGUAAGAAAAUUUUGCUAUAAUGUCCCCUAGCUUACUUGAAACUAAUAAAAUAGUUAUCAAUGUUCCAAAAAUAGCUCUUUUAGACACUAACUUUGUCCUUCAUUUUUGGAAUUUGUGUUCAGUUUGAGAGUACAUUUCAAAUAAGCAAUUAUAAAAGCCUAAUCAAUUUUUGACUUUAUAGCAGUUCUGAUACCUUAAUAAUUUAUUUUAGAUGAUUAAUUUUGUUUUAUGCUCUCUUAAUACAGUCUAUGUCAGGGGUACAAGUCGAUGCCGAAAUCAACGGUUUGUUUAAUGAUAUGAAGAUGAGAAGCAAACACAAGUUUGCAUUAUUUAACAUUCAAGGAAAGAAGAAAAUUGUUGCUGACGUCUGUGGGGAUCCACGCAAAACUAAAACAAAAGAAGAGGAUGAAGUACAGUUUAAUAGAAUGAAGGAGCAACUCACCAAUGAGCCACGAUAUAUUUUGUAUGAUUUUGGAUUCAUGAAGAAGGAUGGCAGGCGAGUUAAUAAGUUGGCAUUCAUCUUCUGGUGAGUAAAGCUGUUCUCUGUAUUUUUAACUGGUGACCGGUCAUAAAAUUUUCCCCUUAGUCUCAAGACGUUUUCGGCUGGAUUUUACUAGCUUGACAGAGUCAGAGUUGUAAGCGCAUUUUCUUUCAUUAACCUAGUAAAAAUAAUAAAUCUCAGAGGUAAAUAAAGUUAAAGGCGCAACGGAAUUGGUAGCCUGUGUGACAGGCGUUUAAAAGGGGGGGGGAGGGGUGAUUCCGGGCGCGCGAGAAGCGCGAAAGACGCGCGAGGGGAGUGUAGGGAACGCCUGCAAGCACGCUAUGCGUCUUUUUCGUUUUUCACAUCUACCGGAGUGAUGGAAAAAUAAUGAUUACCUUUAUUAAUGAUACCUUAAUCCGGUUGAUGGAAGUCACAAUGACAUCACGCUAUUUGAAUAACUUGAUCGAUCUACUAAUAACCAUAUGGCGAGCGAAGCCAGAAUAUCUAGAAACUACGAUAAACUCAACCGUACCCACAUACGAAGUCGACGCCGGGAUUUGAACCCGGGCCAAAAUGGUGGGAGGUGAGUGCUCUUACCACUGCACCACCCCUGCGCCACCCUUGCUCCCUGAAUUGAUGUAUUACUAAUCAAAGUGCAUUCAUCAAGAGAUUAUUUAAUAAAAAAGGUGUUGGGUACAUCUCUUUAGCUUUAGUUUGUAUGAUGAACUACACCCUUAUUGCCUGGUUCUCAUUCUACUUAAGAACUGUUUAUAUGAGCCGAACCAACCAUGGUCUGCUUGCUGAGAUCUUCCUUCGAGCGACCAAAAGAUCACGGCAAACGGGGCAGCCUGCCUUCUCAUAUAAACACAACAGCAAUUUUAUACGGAAACAAAGCAUGACCCGAGGCAGCCCGGUUAACUUGGCUGGUUCAUCUCAUCUCCCUUUUUUGUUUCAGGUGUGACGAAAACGCAAAGAUUGCAGACAAAAUGAUUUACGCAUCUUCUAAAGACACCAUCAAAAAGUCCUUCACUGGUUUAUCACUGGAAUUCCAAGCAAACGAUGGGUGCGAUUUGGAUUACAAAACUCUAAGCGAAGAAGUGGAAAAAAGAGCUUAG